UGACCCUACUACUGAUGAUCAUAAUAACGAAGAUGCCUCGGGACGAUUUUGGAAUGAUGUAGUAACAAAAUUUCUUGGGUGUGUGAACCAACCUGGUGGUACGGCAGUCGUGUUUUUCAGGGGAAAUAUAUUUGGAGCUCGUCUUGUUAAAAAUCCAAAUGUGCCCAUUAAAAGAUGUCAUGGUGCUGAAGGCGAGUGGGAAAUUUGGAUUUUGGAAACUCAUAUUCUUGAACCGAUUGAAAGAAUCGAUAGUUCAGGAAAUUACGAUGAUAUCGAAUUUAAAAUUCAAACUGUUCCAUUGGUCAGCGAAAGUGAUUUGAUCAUAGAAGAACAGCGAAAAAAUAGAAAAAAUAUGUAUAAACCAUCUAAUCGAGAAAAUGCAGAAAGGUUAAAAGGGGUUGUUAGUCGAUCGAAAACUAUCUUAACGAAAGGAAAUUUCGUCUUAAAUCCAUCAUUUCCUUUCGAAAAUCAUAAUCAAGAUCAUUCAUAUGUUUACAAUCUUGAAGGUUAUAUGCCGGGUCAAGUUGUAGAUUAUAGGCAGAGAAAUAAAAAACGAAGCGGGAGCAUAUCAAAUCGUGUUUGUCCCGAUAACAUUAAAAACGAUCGAAAAUCAACGUCAGAGGAAGAUGAAAUGGAUGAAGUACUACCAUUCUCUUAUAUACGACAAGUUGUCAAAAUGG